GACAUUAAUUUACAGAUUAAUAAUGACGCUUAGAGACUUUCAGUGUCUUUGAACAAAAAAUAUAAAAGUGAGGAGACAAAUAGGAGAAUUAUUAUUUAUACUAGGAACAGUGAACCAGGCCAUUCCUUCAUGCUAACUGCCUUUCUACCCAUUAAUAUUUCUAAAGUGACGUUGUUACAUGCGUUUGUGGCGAUGUCAUCAAACUGCGCUCUCCAAAACUGAUGGAAGAAACUCAGCUGUCAAAAUGUGUACUAUACACGUGGGGAGCCAACAGUUACGGGCAGCUCGGACAGGGACACACGGAGGAUCAAGCCGAACCGCGGGGUGCAGAAGGCGGACAGCCGACAGGACAGAUCCGCUGUAUUACUGGAGGAGGCGGUCAUUCUGCACUCAUCACUGAUUCAGGUGAAUUGUUGAUGUGUGGACAGAACCAUAAAGGUCAGCUAGGGCUUGGUCACACCUCAGAGGUCAUAACCUUUCAACCUUGCCCCUUACCUGGGUGCAGGAGAGUUCAACAAGUGUCCUGUGGCUGGGACUUCUCACUUAUCCUCACAGAUGAUGGUCAGGUAUUGUCAUGCGGCUCCAAUGCUUUCGGACAGCUGGGCAUCUCAUCACAGAUAACACACACAGCAGAACCUCUACACGUGAAGGCCCUGAGUGAGCCAGUAACUUGUGUGGCCGCGGGUCUCAGACAUGCAUUAGCAAGUGCAGCAUCAGGUCAUGUGUAUCAGUGGGGAACAGGCUUGUCUAGUCACGCCAAGAGAACUUUGAGUCCACAACCUGUGCCUGCACACUUGACCUCUAAGGAGCCUUGCCUUGUUCCGGGGCUCAAUCAUGUGACCCCAAAAAAGGUAGUUGCAGGCUCCGCCCAUUGCAUUUGUUUGACAGUCAUGGGUGAUGUUUUCCUCUGGGGCAGCAAUAAACAUGGUCAGCUAAAUAGUGAGGACCCUUUCCUGCCACUUCCUGUGGUUUUAGAUCGAUCAUUGCUGAGGGGAGAGAGAGUGACUGACAUUUACAGCGGCUGGACACACCUUGUCACACAAACAGAGAGUGGACGGGUCUUUACAUGGGGCAGAGCUAAUUAUGGACAACUAGGGCAAGCGGCAGUGACCAGUCAGGGCCCAGAAGAAGGGUCCGAAGGUUCAAAAAGCACUGACCCAACUGCAAACGGCCCUGUUGAGAUUAAUGACUUAUUUGGUGCAACACAGAUUGCAUGCGGAUCUGAACAUAACCUGGCUGUUGUUGGAGGUGGAAUCUUCUCCUGGGGCUGGAAUGAACAUGGAAUGUGUGGAAACGCUUCCCUCUGUGACAUCACACAACCACAACCAAUCCAAAGCCUCAGAGACACUGCACCUCUUCUGAUUGGCUGUGGAGCAGGGCAUUCAAUGGCACUAUGUAGUUUGAAGAGCAACAAGGAUGCUGCAAGCUGAAUAGGUUUUCAACUUUUGGCUCUCUGACUGUGUUUUGACAGACAAAGACUGUUUGCUUACAUUGCGGUUUUAAUGAAUUAUUCAGAAACACACAUAUAAGCCUUUAAAGGACAGAUUUUAGAUCAAAGUCUCAGUGAUGCAAAUGUGGACGCGCACACACAUUAUGCUUAUGACAUCAGAAAGGUUUAAAGUAAGCAUCAUAGCACCCAAAAAUAAAUAGAGAUGUUUUUAGAACACUAAGCCUAUUUGCAGCUUUAUGCAAAUAUUCGUAACUUUUAGAUGAGAGGCAUGUUUUAAAAUUAAAAUGGCAUGUUCUUAUUUAUUUAAUUGUUUCUUAAUGUAAAGGGCUUGUUCUUAAUUUUUUACAUUUAAAGGGCAUAUUUAAAAAUUUUGUCUAAUAAAUUAUCUUAAAGGGAUAGUUCAUCCAAAAAAUACAAAUUCUAACCUGGUCUAACAGAAUCAUGUAACUAUACCUACAUUUUUGCAAAAUUAUUUUUACGUGGCUCAUUUAAACACUAGAGGCGUAACAACAGCGACUUCAAUUCCCUUUCACACAAAUCACGAGUAAAACAGCAGAUUAUUAGUUCAUAAACACUUUUCCCCCUUUUCCUCACACAAUGCUAUGUUAUGACCUCAAAACAUUUUUACUAUAGUGCAUGACUUGUAAGGCUAUACAUUUUAAUGUAUGCAUUACAUAACCAGUGUAAUUUACAAGCUUAUUCAAGGGCAGUAAUGUUACAAGUCUUGAAGAGUAUGUGAGCCAAAAGUGUCAUAGGCUUUGUUCACACUGCAAGAAAAAUCUGAUUUUUUUCUCAAAUCCGAUUUUUUUUAAACUGACUGUUCAAACUGCAGGUUAUAUGUGGACAGAUCGGAUUUUUUGCUGUUCAGACUGAAGUCGCUUUUGCUGGUGCGUCUACAUUAUAGUACCGAUGCAAACUUGCAUCUGUUCACCAUGCGUGAAUGUUUAUGAAUGGAUGUUUUUCAUGAGGGCAUCCAAAUAUUAACACAUUCUUCACAGAAAAUGGCUUAAAAAUGGGAGAGGUGGCAUAUGCAAUGUUUUUUGCUGCUAGGGUUUACAAAUGUCCCGUUUUUGCCAGUCGUCCCAUAUUUUAUCCCAAACGGGACAUGCCUAUUAUUUUAGUGGGUAACUAAAUAGUCCCGUAUUGAAGCAUAAAAGGGUCGGACAGCGAGACUUUUAAAGAGGACCCCUGUCCUGUAUUAAAGCGCUUAAAAUGCUCAAGCGUCUCAUUCACAUGAAACAUUCAAACUCAUCACGCUUUGGUGGCUUGCAGCCAGUGUGUUACUGCACAUUAGUCCAUCUCCUUGAGUGAGUAAGCCAAUGUCUGUAUUAUUUUAAAAGAGGUUUGCACUGCUUUGCUGCCCUGUAACAUACAGUAUAGUAUAUGACAUAUGGGUGUGUUCCAAUCAGAAGAGAUUCCCCUCAUACUUCACCUUCCACUGUAAGAGGGCUGAAAGGUUUAAUAAAAAGGUCAUUCUGAACUCAAUUUUAAAGUAAUUUUUUAUUGAAAAUUCUCUUGUAACGAUCCUACAGUGUGGCCAUCAUUAUUGUUUUCCCUUCAAAAUGUCCUGUAAAGGCAUCAUUUAUGCCAUUUGGAAUACAGUACGUCUUCUCAUCGCAACACCUGACGAAACAAUGUGUCGAGCACAACAACUGAUGGAAAAAAACGCAUGAAAUCAGAUCUGACCGUUCAGACUGGAUACAUUAAGAAAAAUCAGAUUUUAAUCUGAUUCCAAACCACCUACGAGUGUGGUUUGGAUCAGGCUUGUAAAAAUCAGAUUUUUUGUUUUUGUUCUGUUCAGACUACAGAAACCUAAACGGAUUAGAGUCAGAUUGGCCAAAAAAUCUGUUGGGUUUUUUUUCUGCCUGUGUGAACAAAGACAUAAAAGUGCCACAGAAUGACAUAGCUGCUUCAGCAAUUGAGUUUUUUUGAUCACACAUUUGCUUUUUAUGACACUAUCGGUUAGGUUGAGGUUAAAGUUUUGGGGUAGGGAUGUAGGUUUUGUUGAUUUAAAACAUGAUAGGAUGUUAACCUUAAAAACCAUGGCUGUUUAGGAGAACAUUUAACUCUCUUUUAGCGCCACUCAGUAGACAUUUCAAUGCAGAACUGCCGUGAUAUGUGUAAUGAAUCUCGUAAUGUCAUUUUGCAGAAAUGUUGUCACAGUCAUACAUUUUUUAUGAUGAUUUCUCCCUCAUUCCAAACCCGUAUGAUUUUCUUUCUCCCGUGAAAAACAAAAGAAGAAAUAUAGUGCCUUUUCAUAAUAGGGACUGGGGCUGUCAACUUGGAAAAUAAAUUAAAAUAUAGUGCACCUUGACAUUUAUUUUGCAUCUUCACGUGCCAUAUUUGAAUUAAGCGCAUACAAGAGUGACCUAUUAGAACUUCACAUUUUCAGUGAAUAAUGACUUAAUGGCUAUCAUAUAGCUUUAAAAGACUUGGAAUAUAGCGCAGAAGUUGAUCUAUGGUGCUUUUAUUGGUCAUUUUUGGAGCUUGAUAGCCCUAGUGGCCAUUGUGGUAAAAAUUAUAAUUAAUUAUAAUAAUUUUCUUUAUUUAUCACACAUUAUACAUUUGCACAUAUACAGUGAAAUUCUUCUUUUUCACAUAUCCCAGCUAGGCUGGGGUCAGAGUGCAGGGUCAGCCAUGAUACAGUGCCCCUGGAGCAGAUAGGGUCAAGGGCCCAAUGGUGGUAUCUUGGUGGUGCUGGGGCUUGAACCCCUGACCUUCUGAUCAGUAACCCAGAGCCUUAACUGCUGAGCUACCACUGCCCCCCCCCCCCCCCCCCACUGAAAAGUGUGCGAAUGAUGACUAUUACUUUAGUAUUAUAAGGACAUGAGCACACUGACUAUUAUCUCUGAGGCUCAUUGUUGAAAAGUCACUGUACAUGUAUUUACUAGGGUAUCUCAUCUAAACACACUGUCCUAGUACAUUCAGAACUGCUGAGAAAGAUUGGAAUUCAAUUUAGAGGGAAAUCCAAUCAGCCAUUUACUCUCUGGCUGUAUUUUAAAUAUUGUCAAGGUCUGACUCCUUGAUUACUAGCCAAACCAUUCUGAGAUGGCCAUUCAUGCUGCCUUUAAUUUGACAGACGGUGAGUGAUGUUGCCGGAUCAUUAACUCUGACCUUAAACCUUCCAGGGACGGAGAAUACCCUUUAAUAACCUUAACUUUGGAUGCAGUUACUGAAGCAGAUUUACUUCUGCGAAAUGACCUGUCUAACAACACUCCAUCUCCCAUAAUGCCCUGUCAUGAAACCAUCAGUUGAGCCAGAGUGAUGAUCUACUUAAAAGAAUAUUCGGGGUUCAAUACAAGUUAAGCUCAAUCAACAGUUUUUGCGGCUGAUGUUGAUUACCACAACAAUAAAUUGACUUGUCCCUCUUUUUCUUUAAAAAGAGCAAAAAAUCUGGGUUAUAGUGUGGUACUUUCAAUGGAAGUGAAUGGGGCAAUCUGUGAACAUAAAAAUGCUCACCGUUUCAAAAUUAUAGCCACAAUAUGUAAACCGUAUGCAUGUUAACAUGAUUUUAGUGUGAUAAAAUCACUUAGUAACCUUUUCUGUGUAAAGGUAUAUCCAGUUUUACAACUUUGUUGCCAUACGACUUAACACUGUAAACCCUAGAACCCUAAAAGGAUUGCAAAACCAAUGAUUUAAACUCAAACAACACAAUGUUACACAGAAGAAUGAAUGUUUGUUUUUUGUUUUGUUUGUAUUAUUAUUAUUUAUAAGCUUCAAAUUUCUGCCUUUAAACCCUCCAAAAAUCGCCUCAUUCACUUCCAUUGUAAGUGCCUCACUGUAACCUCGAUUUUUGCUUUUUUUAAAGAAAAGGAAGGACGAGUCGAAAUUAGUUUUUGUGGUAAUCAAUAUUAUGCCACAAAUGCUGUCGUUUGAGCUUAACUUAUAUUGAACACCAGAAUAUUCUUUUCAAGAUUCACUUAAAGAUCCCAUGAAAUGGCUUAACUAACACAUUUUCCUGUGUUGAUGUAUUUCCUGUUGAAACAGGAAGUUGGGGCAGGACAUAUAUUAAAGUAGAUUUUGUAUACCCUUUUGACAGACAUUCUCAUUCUAGAGAGCAUUCUCAUUCUGCAAGAUGAUUUGUCAAAAUGUUUUGAUCCAUUUUGGUCCUGGAAGAGAAAGAUUGUACAUUUAAAAUGCAUUUAUCUCUAAAAGUUAAUGUGGUCAACUUUUAGGUGUACAUGAUAAUAUAAAUGACCUCAAAUGGAUUAAAAGUCACCAAAACUUUUGAUUUCAUGGAGUCUUUAAAGGUUUUUGAUACAUCAUCUUAUGGGGUCAUGGCAUGAAAAUAAAAUAUAUUUUAUAAAACUGAUCAAAUCUAUACACAUACACACAUCGAGUUAUAAUUCUUAUAGCUUUAUUAAUUUUACAUCAACAGUGCCUUAAAAACAAAACACACAAAAUCUUUUUUUGUGCUUUUUAUUAUCAUUAUUUUCAUUGUUUUUUUUUUUGUUUGUUUGUUUUUUUCUCUUCAGAAAAAGACACAAAAUUGCCUUAAUAAGUCAACUCAAACCAUCAAUGAAAACACCUGGUUUAAAUAACGAUCCAUACUAUGCACUGCAGUGUGCAGAAACACACAAGGGACGUCUCACAAAACAGCACAAACGAUUGGGAUGUCACCUCUUUUUAGUCCAAUGUUUACUAUUUCCAGAGACUAUGCAGUCACAAAGACCAAAAUCCUCUAAAAUCAUCUAAAAUAUAUUUAUUUAUUUAUUUAUUACUAGUUAAUUUUUGAUAAUUUUCUGAUGUUUAUGCUCUGAUGUGGUUGGGUCUUUGAACAGUCCAGUAUAUUGUAAGAAAAGGACCCAACUUCGACAUCCCCAAGAUACAUCUGGCAGUGCGCUAGUUUGGUCCCAGAGAAUUGGGUUUACUUCACAUUUUCACAACAAUGAAAAACAAAUAUCGAAACAAACCUAAGACACAGUAUUGGUUUACUUUCUUUUACUCAGUUCAUCAUAAACCCUGUAUGUUAUUGUUCCUUAAGAAUGAACACCUAAUUGUGUGUAGGAUUGUCUCUUGUGAAAGUUUCACGUAAAACCAUUUUUCAUCUGUGGCUUUCAAAAUAGCUUGUAUGUUCUGAAUUUUCAAAUGCAAACUAAACAUUUUUUUAAACAUCAUUAAAGACUUUUCUCAUUGAACACAAUGAUGGUCAUUUGUUCAAAAAUAGUGAGUUUGGUCCCAGUAAUGUGCUAACUAGCCUUGUCAAUUUUCCUUUCAAUCUAACAAUGUGUUGUAAUGAAGCAUGGCGCGACUUUCCAGCGAUAAGUAAUUUGGACGGUGGUGGAGGGGUGCACAACACAACCAAAUUAGCAAA